AUGAAGUUAAUGCUACAGUUGUACAUCCAGAAGCCAAAAGAAGGAAAGCGUUGGGAGGUGGAGGAGAAAGUGGAAUUUGGUAAAUUUGGCGUAUUUCAUUCAGAACUCUCAACUGAUGAAAUAAUGGUACAUUAUUAUGGCAAACAUUCAGCUAAAAUGUUUCUGAGGGGAAAGCCUAUCAAAUUUGGAUAUAAAAUUUGGUGUCUUACAAGUUCCAAUGGCUUUCCUUAUAAUUUUUCACCAUACUGUGGCAAGACUGACAACAAACAGGAGCCUUUAGGUGCAAGGGUAAUAAAUGAACUAACCAGCAUGAUUCCAGAAUCAGAGUAUCCGAAUUAUAAGCUUUUCUUUGACGACUUUUUCACCAGUGUUGACACACUGAUCACACUCAGAAAGAGUAAAAUGAAAGUUGCAGGAACAAUAACAGAGAUCCGAACUAAUGCAUGUCCUUUGAUUGACUCAAAAAGAAUGGCAAAAGGAAGGAACGAGGAUUCUAUGACUACAUAUUUGACAAAGAGAAUGAAGUUCUGUUCUACUAAAAGAUACUCACGGGCAAAGAAAAAGGAAAUAUCUGUUACACUGCCACAUAUCAUUGAAGAAUACAAUGCCCAUAUGGGUGGCAUAUAUCUACUGGACAAGCAGAUAUCACUUUAUAGGACGAGGAUAAGGUCAAAGAAAUGGUGGUGGCCAUUAUUCACAUAG